AUUGUAUAUACCGUGCUUGUACUCUGCGUUUGACUCAUCGAUUUAGGUUAAACAUCUUACAUUAAAAGAAGUGUAUAUUUUAUUUGUAUUGAUAGAUUUGUGUGUGUGUGAUUGAUUCAGAAAUUUUAAGUUUAUCUUAAAUAAAUUCUGAAGAAAAAAUGGGUGUACCAGCGUUUUUUCGUUGGUUAAGCCGAAAAUAUCCUUCUGUUAUUGUCGAGUGCAUUGAACAAAAGCAAGUAAGCGUAGAUGGAGUGUGUAUUCCUAUAAACUCUGCAGAGCCAAAUCCAAAUGGGGUGGAAUUUGAUAAUUUGUACCUUGAUAUGAAUGGUAUAAUACAUCCUUGCACACACCCUGAAGAUAAACCGGCACCCAAAGAUGAAGAUGAAAUGAUGGAAGCUAUUUUUGAGUGUAUCGAUAGAUUAUUUCGUAUUGUCAGGCCAAGAAAAUUGCUUUAUAUGGCAAUCGAUGGAGUUGCGCCCAGAGCUAAAAUGAAUCAGCAAAGAUCCCGACGAUUUCGAGCAUCAAAAGAAACAACAGAAAAAAUUAAUGAGAUACAAAGGAUACGUUCCGAAUUGGCUCUCAAAGGAGCUUUUUUGCCUCCUGAGAAACCGAAGGAAGCACAUUUUGAUAGCAAUUGUAUCACACCGGGUACCCCAUUUAUGGCAAGAUUAUCAACAUGCUUACAUUACUAUAUUCAUGAACGUUUGAAUAAUGAUCCAGGUUGGAAAAAUAUUAAAGUAAUAUUAAGCGAUGCAAAUGUUCCCGGUGAAGGAGAGCAUAAAAUAAUGGAUUUUAUUCGGCGACAAAGAUCGCAACCUGAUCACGAUCCGAAUACACAGCAUGUUUUAUGCGGAGCGGAUGCCGAUUUAAUUAUGUUGGGCCUCGCCACACACGAGCCUAACUUUACUAUUAUUCGCGAGGAGUUUAAGCCGAAUAAACCUAAGCCGUGUGACAUAUGCGGUCAGUUAGGGCAUGAAAUGCGAGAAUGUACGGGCGCAGAACCGAACCAGCAACAAGAGGAAAACGCAUAUGGAUCCGAAUGCCAGUACAUAUUCGUGCGAUUAAGUGUUCUCAGAGAAUAUUUAGAAAGAGAAUUAUAUAUGCCGAAUCUACCAUUCAAAUACGAUUUUGAACGAGCUGUCGAUGAUUGGGUAUUUAUGUGUUUCUUCGUAGGAAAUGAUUUCUUACCUCAUCUUCCUUCUCUGGAAAUUAGAGAAGGCGCAAUUGACAGGCUUGUUGCUCUGUACAAAAAAGCAGUGUAUAAAACUGGAGGUUUUUUGACCGAUAGUGGCGAUGUUAAUCUGGACCGCGUUCAAUUAAUAAUGUCAGACCUUGGUGAUAUGGAGGAUGAGAUUUUCAAGAAAAGGCAACAAAAUGAAUUGGCAUUCAAGCAACGUGAAAAAGAUAAAAAGAGGCGACAUGAAAUCAUCAGUAACUUUAAGCCGAAAUGGAUUACCGCAGGACAAUUUGCACCUACUGCUCUUGGACAAGCAGUAAAACCUGUACAAAAUGCUCGCUAUGAAGCUUAUCAAAUGCGUGUGCAGGGUAGGAAUUACAAUACGAACGCUGCUGAAAAUACGAAUGCCUUGGAAAGCAUGUUAAGACCUGAGAAUGCAGGUAAUAGAGGACAAAAACGUAAAAUUGAAGAAGUCACAGCAGACAAUGAAUCGGAUGAUGAGCAGUCACAUGAUGAGGUGCGACUUUGGGAAGACGGUUUUAAGGAUCGGUACUAUGAGUCUAAAUUUGAUGUGCCUCCCGAUAAUCUUGCAUUUAGAAAUAAUGUUGCUUUACAAUAUGUACGAGGCUUAUGUUGGGUCUUACGAUAUUAUUAUCAAGGUUGUGCGUCAUGGAGAUGGUAUUUUCCAUAUCAUUAUGCGCCGUUUGCAAGUGAUUUCAUUAAUAUCGGUGGUCUUUCUACAGAAUUUGAAAAGGGCACUGUACCAUUUCGUCCGUUAGAGCAAUUGAUGGGUGUAUUUCCCGCUGCUAGUUGUAAACAUGUACCUGUACCAUGGGCAAAGUUAAUGUCUGAUCCAAGAUCUCAGAUUAUUGACUUUUAUCCAGAAGAUUUUAAAAUUGACUUGAAUGGAAAGAAAUUUGCUUGGCAAGGUGUGGCUUUACUUCCAUUCGUUGACGAAAAAAGAUUAUUCAAGGCUUUAGUGCCAUAUUACGAUAGUUUGACAGAAGCAGAAAAAAAAAGGAACAUUCGCGGUGACGACAGAUUGUAUGUUGGUACAGAAAACAGUGGCUAUAGUUUUGUAAAGGGUUUAUAUACAAAUCGCUUAGGAUACAAUAAGGAAAUUGAAAUAAGUGUAGAUGGAAUGCGAGGUACUGUACUUUUAUCGGAAGAUUGUGUGAGUGACGGGGGCACAUUACCUUCACCUGUACGGGGUUUACCAGUUAGGAAUAAUAAAGUGUACUGUGUUAGUUACAAGGAUCCUACAUACAGCUGCAAUCAUAUUUUUCUUGCUCGUAAAUUAAAAGGAGCUAAGGAACCUCCGCGCGUCUUAAAACCGCAAGAUUUUGAAGCUAUGAAUCGGAAUAAUGGGAACCAAUGGAAGCCACAAAUCGGUUUUGUUCGAUCUACGCAAUCUGCUUCGUUGGGACAGGCAGGACACAGAAUGCUCGAACAUCACACAAACCACAGUAGACCGCCAAUCUAUGCGAAUAUUCCGCCACCGAUGAAUUUAUAUCAACAAUUUCAUGGUUAUCGUAGUAGUAACCAUCAAUCAGGAUAUGGUUACAAUAGUGCCAGUUCGAGUCAGACACGUGGACCAUGGGCAUCUGGUUUUCGCUCGCCUAAUUAUUCUCACGCGCCUUUGGAAUAUCAACAACAUCGUAAUCAUUACAAUAAUCAGUCACAGUCAUCACGAAAUGCCACCAAUUACCAGAGCACACAGCAAAGUUACCACAAUCAACGAGGGAAUUACUCUUCGACUCGAGGAGGGGGUGGAGGAGGCCACCGUGACAAUUGGCGACGAUCGAUGUAAAUAUUAUUAAUGUAAAAGGCACAAGUAUUAACUUUGUCGCACAUCAUGUAAUAAUUAAGAUUGCAUUACUAAAGGAUCACUGAGCAUAAUAAUUAUUAUUUAAGAUUUAACGAUUAUUAAUAUCAUUGUUAAAAUACGUAUUCUAUUUAUACGAGUGU